AUGGCGAGCAGCUCGACCGAAAUAUCCAAGGACCACCCGUCCACUGGGCGACCGGGCCUGAGGAAGUCCGACUCGUCCACCAAUGCAAGGAGCAUCCUCCGAUCCCCCAAGGGCGGCAGCAAGCAGACUUCUCCGGUGUCGUCAAACGUGUCCGUCAAGUGGAACGAGGAAAGCGUCAAGCGCACUUUACAUCCGCGAGACAAGGACUACGGCCUGAUGAAGGUGUCCGAGCCCAAGACGCCCUUCAUUUACGAAGAAGCCAAGAAAAAGAGCCCCGUCAGCGCCGAAGUUUUGGCGCAAAGAAUAGAAGCCUUGCACAACCAGACGCUGAAUGCUGCCCAGGCCCAGCAUGAGAAUGAUGCAAACAUCUCAGAAGCUGGGAGAGAACGCCAACUGGAGUUCGAGAAGAAGAGAAAGGUGCACUACGACGAAUUCUUCGCCAUCAAGGAAGCACGAGAGAAGGUGAAGAAGGGCGAGUGUGAGGAACAGGCCGAGGACGAGGUGGCCCAGGAGGAAGCCGAGAAGCUGGCCAAGGCCCAGGAAGAAGAGGCCAAGCAGAAGACAGCUGAGGCCAGGGCCAAGGCCGGGGCAGCGGCCAUGGCAAGGGCGGUGGCGGCAGCGGCCGCAAAGGCGGCGUCAACAGUGGCUGAGAGCGACAAAAAGAAGUGA